CCCGCCCAGGGGGGCGGGAAGGCAGCGGGCGCUGCCCGCAGUCGCGGCGCGCCCCGAAGUGGAUCCGCACGGCGUUUCCCCCCCUCCCCUCCGCCGCCGAUAAAUCCCAGUGCCGGCGGGCAGCGCAGCACUUGGCGGCUGCCGCGCUACGGGGAGGCGACGGAGCUCGUAUCGCCCCAAACAUCCCCUCCCCGGGCUGGCGACCCCCGCCCAGGGGCAGCAGGAGCCGCUACCGCCUGAGCCCAGACAAGAGCGUUAGUAAUUUUAACUUUGAUUGAGAACUGCUAUUAUCCACUCACAGCAUGUGGGAGCAAACAGGCACUUGGAUAAAUCACAAAAAAAAGAAAACCACUUAGCAUGCUGCUUCCCUCAAAAACACUUUUUCUGAAGGUAUAAAGCUGAGUGCUGCAGGGAGAGCAUGUGUGAAGAGAGAAGCAAGGCUACAACAGCCCGAGGAAGCAUGCUCAAGGUCAGCCUCUCUCACAGAAGACUGGGAGGUCACGUUUGAUUUAGAAGAAAUCGCGAAGAUGAUUUUCCUGAGUGACAUAACUGCAGCCAUUAGCAAACUUAUCCAAAGGCAAUCAUCCAUUAAAGACACUCAGCCCUGGGGUGUAUUUGCCACUCUUCAGCACUGGAUGAAGCAGGCAGUGACUCCACCAGCAUGAGUAUGCCGGAGGUCUUCUUCUCUACAACCAGUGCUGCUCCAGCAGAUUGCUAGGUGAGAAGUAAAUCAGACCGAUUUGAAACAUGGAGUACUUCUCACAUGGUCAUUGAGAAGGAUAAGACUUGCUGGACAGUCUCCACAAAACCUCAACACUCUUUUGGACUGGCAUUUCCUACAAAGUGUGCCAGCAGUGUCAGCAUGAGAAAAGACAACUAGGAGUAAGGGCUACAGCUGCUCCUUUAACACUGUUGGGACAGCCUCCAGAGUAAAUUUCCAGCUCCUACUGAAUCUGACUGGAUAUAUCUUCUAUGCCAAUGCCCUUGCAAAGAACCAAAACUUUUUGGAGGAUGUUUCGAAUUUCAUCUGGGCUGUGUAGAAUCCAGCAAUAAAUUAUUCCAAUAUGAAGGUCUAAUACAGUUAAUAGAUCCUAUAAAACGGUCUACUGUGUUUCAUCAUAUUUAAUUUGCUGCAACAACCUGCAGACAUCCGAGCUGUUUCAGCUUCCCUUUUAUAAUCAUCAGGUGCCCUGAGAGAAGCUCUCCCAGCUGAGGAGUCCCUGUGUCACCAGCAUCUCUGCAUAGAGAGGCAGUGCAAUGCCUCCAGAGCAUUCAGCUGCUUCUCAUCCUCCGGCAUAUCCCAAGUGAAGCAUCUUCCCCACCAUUCUGGGGAGAGCCACGAAGGCCCUGUGGCCCAGUCAUCUCACAAAGAGUGGGCAAGGAGGAGGGCAAUGCCAGCCUCUGGCCACCUGUAGCUGCAAUCUCUUCUGGAGUUUGGGAUUGCCCAGGCUGCACAGCAGGAAAACUAUGAACAGGAGGAAAUCUGGAAGCUUUUUGCUGCUUAGUUGAAUAUGGGAUUAUAAAAAAAAAUUGCACCUGGAACAUCUCUCUAAAUGGAUGACUUCUGAACCUGCAACCCUUCAUUACCUGAAGCAGCACCUUCUUGCAUCCUGGAGGAGAAAAUGAAUUUCACAAAUUGCACCACUGAAGCCAGUGGGGCUGCAAAGCCAAAAACAGUAACUGAAAAGAUGCUUGUUACCCUGACCUUGACCACAAUCACAACCUUGACUAUGCUGCUGAAUUCUGCUGUAAUUGCAGCAAUCUCCACAACCAAGAAGCUCCACCAGCCGGCAAAUUAUCUCAUAUGUUCACUAGCUGUGACAGAUCUCCUUGUUGCUGUUCUCGUCAUGCCCUUGAGCAUCACUUACAUAAUGAUAGAUAAAUGGACUUUGGGAUACUUCAUCUGUGAGAUCUGGCUUAGCGUCGACAUGACCUGUUGCACAUGUUCAAUCCUUCAUCUGUGUGUCAUUGCAUUGGACAGGUACUGGGCAAUCACAGACGCUAUCGAAUACGCCAGGAAAAGAACGGCAAAGAGGGCUGGGCUGAUGAUAGUCACCGUGUGGGCUAUCUCCAUUUUCAUAUCAAUGCCCCCUUUGUUUUGGAGAAAUCACCACAGCAUCAAUAUUCCCAGCGAGUGUCGCAUUCAGCACGAUCAUGUAAUCUACACUAUUUAUUCCACAUUUGGGGCAUUUUACAUACCCUUGACUUUGAUCCUGAUCCUGUACUAUAGAAUUUACCACGCUGCAAAGAGCCUUUACCAAAAGCGGGGUUCAAGCCGCCACCUCAGCAACAGAAGCACAGAUAGCCAAAACUCUUUUGCCAGCUGCAAGCUCACACAGACAUUCUGCGUCUCAGACUUUUCCACGUCUGACCCGACCACGGAGUUUGAUAAAAUCAACGCAUCCGUGAGGAUCCCACCUUUUGAGAAUGACUUGGACCUGGCUGGCGACCGGCAGCAGAUCUCCACGACACGGGAGCGAAAGGCUGCUCGCAUUUUGGGGCUGAUUUUAGGUGCUUUCAUUUUGUCCUGGUUACCCUUUUUCAUCAAGGAACUGCUUGUGGGCCUCCACAUUUGCACUGUCUCUCCAGAAGUAGCGGACUUCUUGACCUGGCUUGGAUAUGUCAACUCCCUCAUCAACCCUUUGCUGUACACGAGCUUCAAUGAGGAUUUCAAGCUGGCCUUUAGAAAGCUUAUCAGGUGUCGGGAACAUACAUAAAAAUACUGGGAGAUGAUGAUGCUGACGUGACUCCUAGCCUUAAAAUUGAGCAAAAUAAUUUGACUUUGUCACCAUUUCCCUUGAUAAAAGAGAUUUUUGUGUUUGCCUAUUUGCUUGACUUAUCGUCAGCCUGUAAUUCAUUAUGCUGGUUUUUUUAAUCUCUAGUGCUAUUCAUGGUAAAGGGUUUGAAAUAAAUUUAUUCUACAAGGGAAAAGAUUUUUUAUAAAUGAAACAACAAAAGAGAUAUUAUUACCAUUAGAUACUGAUGUUUAAGACAUUUUUGUAAUCAAUGAUUCAAGAAGCAAACGACGAUAUUCACUUUUAUACUUUUUCCAUUUAAGAAUCAAACAUCUAAAUUGUCAUGCACUGUAUAAACUGAACCCCAUAAAUACAUAUUCAAAAAUUAAUAAACACUUCAUGGUCAUGACAGCUAAACAACAAAUCUUUACUUUAAAUGGCAUUCUGUAACAGCCACUUAGAAGGAAAAUUACCACCAUUUCCACUUUGGACUGAAGCAGAAUAAAUUAUUCUUCAGUGUAUUCUUCAGGAAUACACUCCCAAAACAGAAAGCAAAGUUCAGUUCAUUGCAUCUGAAAAUUAAUCUCAUUUUUUAUUCCAAAGCAAUUAUUUAGGUGACUUUCUUCAUAGAAUAUUCCAGAUUUAUCUUUAAAGAAUUGGGCAGACACCUAUGCAGUUUGUUUGGGAAUUGAGAGGAUGCAGCUAGCAAGUGUCACACUUGUGAAACUAAUGGCACAUCUGACACGUUUAAUACCACUAACCUUAUUUCUUCAGGCCUUGUAUUUUGGUCUGGAGUGAUAUUAUUCACUUGUGCCACACUUCACCUGGGCCUUGUAGUGAACAACCCCAUGUAUUGAUUGAUCUUACCCCACUGAUUUAAACAACUGGAAAUCUUUUCUAGCUAACAUUAAUACCUAAAAAGAGGGAAAAAUUAAUCUCAGUCACUGAAAAUGUUUUUUAGUGAGGAAGCACAGAGAUCCCGUAUGGUUUUUCCUUUUUGCAGCUUGUUGGAGGUGGAAACUGUUGAUUGAAACCGGGGAAGUGUGUUCUUAUCCUGCCUAUCUAUAAAGCUUCCAAAGCAGCUCCCCAGAGUACCUAUGCUGUUAAGGAAAAAAAAGUAGCUGGGAAUUAAAAUAAAAUGUAGUAUUGUUAAGAAGUGCUGCAGAGUAAUUUUAUUUUUCUUUCAGCAAGCUCAAUGGAAAUGAUUAUCAAAGAAAAGGAUUGGGCAUAAUUUCCUGAAACAAGGUGAAUAUGACAGGGAAAACAGGACAUACGAGCAGUUGUGGCUAGAAGAGAGUAGGUUUUGGUGUCUCUUGGGUCAUUUCCUGCUCUUCUACAAGGGUGCCUAGGUGCAAUAAUGGUCAGAAAGGGAAGAGUAAAUGUGCAAGACUGCCCCAGCAGACAGUCUGAGCCACCCCAAGGCACUCAGCUAAGAUGAGGCAGAAGCUAUACCCCAGCCAGCUUCCUUGGGCUGUCACUGGGGCUAAGGUUCAGCCGUGGGCUGCACAAGGAUCUUUGACAGAAGAAAGGAAGAGGUGGGAGUGGCAAUGCUGGUGAAAGGUGUUUCAGAGUGGAAAACCAACAAAAUUAGAUAAGCUGCCAGCUCUGACUGCUGCUCCUAAGGGCAUAGCAGCACACAGGAUAAUUUAGGUUGGAAGAGAUCUCUGGAAGCCAACUAGUCCUACCCCCCUACUAAAAACAAACCUCCAAGUGGCACCAAACCCACAGCUUGGCACUGCUGCUGCUAUGUGGUGUGCAGUCAUGUUUCUUGUGGAAAAGUAAGGGCUCAGUUAACUCUGCUGCCAAGACUGAUGCUCAUUUAAAGCGGUAAGUAUGGCUGAAGGGCCAGAAAUGGUGAACUUGACCUCCACAGCAGCUGUCCUAGGUAGGUAGAAGUGCUUCAGCAAUAUGUACAAAAGUUGUAAAAUACAGGUGCUGCAUCAUCUUCAUUUCUUCUAUGUCUUCCUUUUAGUAUCUGAACUCCACUAUUACCACUCAAACUACCAAUCAGGUUGAAGGCUGUAAUCAAUUUUAAUAUUUAGAGGUAAUUAACAGGAAAAAACAGAUGGAUGGCUAAUUUCCGUGCUUCCCUUGUAAAUAAAGACUCACCAUUCACUGCCAACUGACUACUGCUUUUCUAAUUAAGUCAUUAGCUAAACACAAAGCUGUAUUUUCCAACAAAUGCCACUAGACUAAUGAAGAUAUAUGUUUUGCCCAUGCUCACAAUCAAAGUAAAGAACA